AAUAUACAUGUGUAGCAAGUAGGGCAUGGAGAACAACUGAACACGGGUUUCAGUUUUUCUGUUGUCAUCAUGGAAACCAUAGAAGAAUGGUGGAAGACUCGUAUGGCUAAAGACAUUCAUAAUACACUUAGGGCAAGAGAGAGGCAACUUCCAAAAUACCAUGCACAGUCUCCACAGCUUCAUCUACGCAGGUAUUUAGUGGAUUGGUUAGCAGUCAUAUCAGACAGUGGCAAUUUACACUUAUGUAGCACAGCAUUGCAUCUGGCUGUCAGUCUGUUGGAUCGCUUUAUGGACAAGUUUGAUAUUGAAGAGAAUCAGCUGCAUUUGGUUGCAUUGACAUGUCUCAUGAUUGCUGCCAAAUUUGAAGAGAGAGACAUCAAAAUACCAGAGAUAAGCAGACUGAAUAAAUAUGUGGACAAUUCCUACAAAUGGCAAGAUUUUCUCCAGAUGGAACUCCUUUUGUUGAAUUUCUUUUCCUGGAAUGUUUGUCAGCCGACAGCUUCACAUUACAUUGAAUAUUAUAUCCAGGAAUGCAUCAGUGAGAAUGAUAUUCAUGCCGGACAGCCGCUCCGAUGUCCUUGGAAAGCCAAAAUUUACAUGGAAAAAUAUGCUCAUUAUUUCUUGGAAAUCUCUUUGCAAGAUCAUGCAUUUGUGUUUUUCCACCCAUCACUGAUUUCUGCUGCAUGCAUAGCUGCAUCCAGGAUAUGCCUACUUCUCUCACCAUCGUGGACAAAAAAACUGAUAAAAUUUACAAAAUAUUCAUGGGAUGAGAUUGCACCAUGUAUUGAUGUCAUGCUCAAAGCUCAUGAUAGUGAUGAGAAAGCAUGCAAUAGAAAGACAACACCAAUAGUGAACCACAAUGGAUAUAACAGAGGCUAUGCUGUGAGGUUGCCUAAAUCAUAG